AUGCCCAAAGCGGCAACAGCCGCUGAUGCGGGAGCGAAGGAGGAGGUUACCAGCGCUCUUGCGGUACCUGCAUCAUCACCUGGCAAACCCAAACUAGAAAAGUCGAGCGAGCCUGGUGCCGAGACACCCAACCCAAGCGAAAGCGCUAACAUCACUAGCACUGCCCCGGCCAUUCCGGUCACUUCGGCACUGGUUGAAGCCCAUAUAGCUCGCGGAGCUCCAAUGGUGAAAGCAGCUGCUCGAAACUAUGCAACACCACGACCAGACCUCGCAGAUCUCAGCCGGGAAAGCCACGAGACCCCCGAGACCACUGGGACCACUUGCGCAACUGCCAGCAACCGCGAGCUGCAAGACAAGUGCGCACCAGCUCCAGACCCCGACGCCAAAGAUGCCAAAGAUGCCAAAGAUGCCAAAGAUGCGAAAGAUGCCAAAGAUUCCAAAGAAGCCAAAGAGGCUUCAAAGGGCUUGGGCACUUCUCAUCAAGAGUGUGGCCAACAGUCGGAACAGCGUGAUGCAAAGCUCGCUUCCGUGCCUUCGACGCGCUCGCGCUCCUUCGAGCCCAUUGCGCCAGCAGCUGGUGCGACUGUGGCCCAGGGGGCCAAACCAGCCCCUCCUCUUAUGGUCACUUUGCGAACGGCCGGUUUGGGCAAGGCCGCAAGCGUCGCAGACAUCCACAAGAUCGCCGUCUCAGCACCUUCACCUGCCAAGGCCAAAGCCUUGGCCAAAGUGGCUCAAGCUGAGCCCGUGGCCAAAGCCGAAGCUGCCAAGCCCUCCGUAGCCGAGGAGCAAUCCAGGACCGAGCUGGCCGUUCCAGCAGUUGAGCUGGCAGUUCCAGCAGUUGUUGCCAAGAACAAAGAGCGACUAGGCGCCUUGCAGUGUGGUGGGUGCAAGAGAGCACCUGUCAGAUCUUCAUGGAGGGAAGGCUUGGAAGGUGCAGUGGCUGUGCCAACUCUGCCCACCAGCUGGGCAACCGAUCUUCCGGAUUCCGGCGUCGAUCCGGGUGCUAUCGCCGACUGGAUGGAGGGGCGUUUGUCCUGGCACGGCUGCUUUUGCCGGGUCUUGGAUGGCUUACGGAGAUACACUCCGGAGGAGGGAGAGAAGGCGAGCAAAGUUGCCGAGGAUGCUGCAGCAGACAUGGGCCGACAGGCGAGAAAGGUCCUGGCAGAGCACAUCGAGCUGAACUCGCAGUCGUCCUUGCUGGCAUUCUUGGCCGGGGGCGCGCCUUCCAUGCUGUCCGAUGCAAGGACCUUGGAAGGGCUCUUACCUUCUCAACCCAAAGAAAAGCCUGCACAGGCUCUGGCAAAUGCGUUUCAGUGGUUCAUCGGAGGUGUGGGCCUCGGGCCUGGUGGGAUGCGCGACCUGGGCGGUGGAACUCUGCAGAUGGCGCUGGCUUUCCGCCGCUUGCAGCUGCGGGCCCACCCUGCCGCAGACGGCUCGCAGCAGAAGCUGCUGGAUGCGAGCAUCUUCUUGGAGACCCUGCGAGCUGCAAGCCUGGCCCAGUGCGGAGGCCGCCUGCCGCGACACGACGACCUGGGCAGAGAGCUGACGGAUCAGGAACUUCUACUACUGUUGGACAUCAAGAGUCGCAGAGACGAGCGUGCCCUGGAGAAGGCGGGCUUCUUGGAUCCGCCCAAGUCUCAGCGCUUGGCAGCUUACGCGCGCGCCCUCGAAGAGAUUCGAACUGACCUAAAAGCGCUUCAAAAGGGCUUGUCUUUGGACAACGCCAGGCAGCUGCUGGGGCUUAGCCACAGUGCAUCCACAGAAGAGCUUGCCAAGGCCUACCGCCGCAAGGCGCGACAGCUUCAUCCGGACAGGCAUGGUGAGACAUCCACCGAAGCAUUCCAGGCCCUCCAAGGAGCGUACGAGCUUCUUCUGUCACACAAGGAUGGCAUCUCACGGGCUUCUCAAGUUGAUGUGGUUCCAAAGAUUGGUCCUGGAGAGACGGUGGUGCGGGGCGUGGAGUUCAAGCUUCCAAAGAAGUCCAAUGCCGGCGAACUGGCACUACAAGCGGAUCUCACUCUUCGUACUGCUCAGGGCUUUGCUGACAUGCAGCUCCUGAUGCGCAAGCCGACUUCACGAGCUGCCCGAGCGCACACUUUGCCGGGCCGCAGGACUUUGGCAUCUGUGCCCGAAGUUGACCCAAGCUCAGAUCAGAGCGAUCAGAGCGAGGAGGAGGACGAGACAGGUGAGCCGGAGAAACCCAGCGGUGGUGCAUGGCGUGCCAGCAGUCGCCACGGGCGAAGCCGUCUGGUGCUGCACUGUGCAGGCACAGUGCGCGAUACCGGGGAGUCAGCCGCCAGGGUUGGGAUACAAGCUGCAGGAACGCAGGCGCAGGUGAUGCCUCUGCUGAAUGCGGUCUUGGACGUUUGCGGCUCCAUGCCCGAGGAGCUGUUUGGUGGCGUCAUCAGGGAUGCCGACAAGUGCUUGUCGCAGAUGAAUUCAGCAAUCGCGCUGGGAAACGAAGCUUGCUCAAUGGGCUGGGAGGCAAGCAGCAAAGCCAUGCAGUACUCGGACAGCGAAGCCUUCUGGGAGCCCCAGGGCGAGUCUGGCAAGACCUUGGGCCACGAGGUCAUGGAGCUGGCAAGCCAGGCCGCCUUGAACAGCGCUGCCGCGGUUAUGGUGCUCAGUGACGGCUUCGAGGCUGCGAAGCGUCUCGCGGCCUCGCUGAACCAAGCACUGAAUGUGAGAGCAAAGAUGCAAGGUGACGAAACCGGGGCAGGUUGCAAACCCAAGGAGAAGCCGGAGUCCGAAAGGAAGCUCACGGACGCUGAGCGGCGCGGUCGGUUGCAGCGCGCGGCCGGCGACAUCUUCGCGUCGAACCUGGAGAUGCUUCAGUGGCAAGAGGAGCUCCGUGAAGCGGUUCUUUGCCGACCACAUCUCUUGGACCCAGUGUCUGUCUGGGAGAAGGAGGCCCUGUUCUGCAUGGCUUCGGAGGUGCUGGAAGGACUUCAAGAGCGGUUGGCUGAAAUCGAGGUGGAUGAGGGCAUGGAACCCUUGGAGGCCGUGUUAUCCGUGACCUUCGCGGCCGCUGCUUUCCGCCGUGUAGCCUCGCCACCAUCCAUCGAGGCUCGCCUGCUUCGACUGGCCGCGCUCGUUCACGCUGCGCUGCUUGGCAAGAUGCUGGAGGAGUUCUUCAGCACAUGCCUGAGCGAUCUAGGCAGCCGCGGCCACUCCGCACGCACCGUCGAGCUGUUGCGGCGCCGCUGCCACGCUGCCUUAGCUGAGCUCAAAUGGCUUCAGGUUGAUGGGCCAGUGCAGAUCCACAUGGAUGAAUGUGUCACGUAG